AAAUACAAAUACAAAUACAUUAGAAUUGUAUUUAAAUACAAUUCAAAUACAAAUACAAUUGUAUUUGAUCCACCCCUGACUAAUACUACUAAUACUAAUACUAAUACUAAUACUAAUACUAAUAAUGCUAGCUACUACUACUACUACUACUACUACUACUACUACUACUACUACUACUACAACUUCUGCUAUGAACUACUACUUACUUCCAUUACCGUCGUGUUUUCUGAGGCAUCUUCCCCCGACAAGCCCGGGAAUCAGUCUUCGCGCCAAGCAGCUUUUGAUACGCGAAGAUUAAUAACGUAAUCACGGGCUCCUUACAUUCCAAUACUUCUCGCCAUAUGUAAUCAGAGGCAUGUAAUUGAGAGGCGGGAGCAGCCGGCGUAUAUGCAAACCCUGUAUCAAAUUACCGCAGCUAACUCGCAAAGCAUUUUUCAUGAGUUUAGUAAUAUUUUGCUGCGGCCGCGUGACGGUACAGCGGCUGCAGACCUUAAAAGCCUCUCUCGUACACUUUCCUUCCCCCUUUCCCUUCUUUACACAUCUUUUUUUCUUGUUUUUUUUUCCUUUAUCUUGCCUCCUUCUUCCCUUACGUUAUUUUAUUGAUUUGGUAUCCAAGAUUCUGCCCUCUUUAACCUCAUUGUCUCCUUCUUAACUUAUGCUUCUCAUGUUCCUUCUCCUGUUCCCUCUCUCUUCCCCUUUUCCUUCUUUUCCCAUGUUUGUUCCUCGCUAUCUUCUCUUUGUCUCCUUACGCUGCGCUCUUUGUUCGUUCAUUUGUCUCCUUGUUUCUUUAUUAUGCCUCUCCUGUUCCCUUUCCUUCCCUCUCUCUUCCCCUUUUCCUUCUUUUCCCAUGUUUGUUCCUCGCUAUCUUCUCUUUGUCUCCUUUUCUUACGCUGCGCUCUUUGUUCGUUCAUUUGUCUCCUUGUUUCCUUUUUUAUGCCUCUCCUGUUCCCUUUCCUUCCUUUCCUAUCUUUGUGCCUCGCUUUUUUCGCGUUCUCUCCUUCUCUUACGCUGUUUUCUCGUUUUGGUGUUCAAGAUUCUACUUUCUUUGCCUCCUUGCUUCCUUCUUAUGCCUUUUCUGUUCCCUUUCCUUCCCUCUCUCUUCCCCUUUUCCUUCUUUUCCUAUCUUUGUGCCUCGCUUUUUUCGCGUUCUCUCCUUCUCUUACGCUGUUUUCUCGUUUUGGUGUUCAAGAUUCUACUUUCUUUUGCCUCCUUGCUUCCUUCUUAUGACUCUCCUGUUCCCUUUCCUUCCCUCUCUCUUCCCUUUUCCCUUCUUCCCCAUCUUUAUUUCUUGCUUUUUUCGCGUUCUCUCCUUCUUCUCUUACACUGUUUUCUCGUUUUGGUGUUCAAGAUUCUACUCUCUUUUGCCUCCUUGCUUCCUUCUUAUGCCUCACCUGUUUCCUUUCCUUCCCUCUCUCUUCCCCUUUUCCUUCUUUUCCUAUCUUUGUGCCUCGCUUUUUUCGCGUUCUCUCCUUCUUCUCUUACGCUGUUUUCUCGUUUUGGUGUUCAAGAUUCUACUUUCUUUGCCUCCUUGCUUCCUCUUAUGCUUUUUCUGUUCCCUUUCCUUCCCUCUCUCUUCCCCUUUUCCUUCUUUUCCUAUCUUUGUGCCUCGCUUUCUUUUCUUUGUCUCCUUCUCCUCCUACGCAAGUUCUUUUGGUUUGGUGUAAAAGAUUCUACCUUUUUUUUCUUUCACUUUCUUUUCCUCUCCUUCCUCUCCUCCCGCUAUCGCUUCUUUCCCGAUCUUUGUUUCUCUCUUUUUUUCCUAUGCUUCCUUCUCCUACGCUGUUCUCUGAAUUUUGGUUUCCUGUUAAUGAUUCUACCUUCUUUUUCUUCCUUGUUUCCUUCCUUACUUUCUUUUCCUCUCCUUCCCCUUUUCGUAUGUUUAAAUUUACGUUCUUCUGAUCAGGACGCCUCUCCACCCGAAAUUGACCUCUCUUUCGCCCACCUCUUUUGAUUCUUUUUUUUUUAGGAUCAGCGAGUAGCGGGCUUUUUUUAUUAUUGUUUCCUUUUUUUUUAUGCCCUUGAGCUGUCUCCUUUGUUGUAAAAAAAAUAAAAAAUGCCCACGUUCGUUUCUUCUCUGUAUCUUCCUUUCCACUUAUAUCUUGUACCUACUUCUUCUGCACUUUAUGUAUUUUUUUUCUCAUUAGUUUCCCCGUCCUUUCCAUCCCGUCCUCUGUUUCAAGUUUAUUCCUCCUAUACGCCCUAUUGUACCCAUCUUGUAUCUCCUUAGCGACCUGCUCAUCGUGUUCGCUUCCUCUGUUUCUCUUCCUCGCUUUCCCUGUUUCCGUGGAUAGGUUUGCUUGUUCCUAUCUUUUUCUCCCUCGAUUUAUAUCCUUCCUCGAUUAUGCUUUGUCUGUAUUUUCUUUUACUCUGUUCAUUUAUUUAUUCACCGUGUUCGCUUCCUCUGUAUUCCUCCCUUUCCUUGUUUCCGUGGAUAGGUUUGCUUUUCCGAUCUUUUUUCUGCCUCAGUUUAUAUUCUUCCUCGGGUAUUCUUUGUCUGUAUUUUCGUUUAUUCUUCUCAUUUUCAUUGUUUUAAGCCCCAUUGUGUCAGUUUCUCUCCUCUUAUCUCCUUCACUUUCCUUGUUUCCGUGGAUAGGUUUGCUUUUCCGAUCUUUUUUCUGCCUCAGUUUAUAUUCUUCCUCGGGUAUUCUUUGUCUGUAUUUUCGUUUAUUCUUCUCAUUUUCAUUGUUUUAAGCCCCAUUGUGUCAGUUUCUCUCCUCUUAUCUCCUUCACUUUCCUCACUUUCCUUGUUUCCGUGGAUAGGUUUGCUUGCUCCUAUCUUUUUCCUGCCUCAAUUUAUAUCCUUCCUCGACUAUUCUUUGUCUGUAUUUUCCUUUAUUCUUCUCGUAUUCAUUGUUCUCACUUUCUCUGUUUCUUUCGUUUGGUGCUCCUUAUCUCCCCUUCUUCGUGACCCUUAUCCCCUCCCUGUCUCAUUUUUUUUCUGUCUCUCCUUUCCUUCCCCUUUUCUUGUGUUUGAAGUUAUUGCCAUGAGUCCCAUUACACUCCUCUCCAUCCAUCUUCGCUGUCUUUCUUUCCUCUCUCCAGUUUAUUUUUUUCCUCUAUUGAUUUCUCUCCCUUUCCCUCUUAUCUUCUUUAUGCUCAUUGGUUCCGUUUCGCUUCUCCUCACUUUCCACUCUUCUCCCUCCAUCUUCGCUUUUUCUGUUCCCUGUUUUUUUUCUCUCCGUUUUUUGUUGUUGUUGUUUUCCCUCCCUUUCUUUCCUUUUCCAUCUUUGUUAUGCGCAUUGGUUCCUUUUUUCCUCUCUUCACUUUCAACUUUUUUCCUUCCAUCUUCGCGUUCUGAUCACUGUUUUAUUUCCUUUCUCAGUUUUUUUUAGAUGUACUUUCCCCCCGCUAUUAACUUCUUUCACUUUCCAUCUUCGUUAUGUUCAUUGGUUUCGUUUUGCUUCUCUUCACUUUCAACUUUUUUCCUUCCAUCUUCGCGUUCUGAUCACUGUUUUAUUUCCUUUCUCCGUUUUUUUAGUUGUUUUCCUCCCCUCUGUUGAUUUCUUUACUUUUCCAUCUUUGUUAUGCUCAUUAGUUCCGUUUUGCCUCUUCCCACUUUAUUUUUUAUAUAUAAGAGGUUAUUUCUCGCUAGAUUGAGCCUUUACUCCAUUAAAGGAAGGUUGAUCAGAGCUGAUCUUAUUAUGGUGUUCAACAUUCUGAAAGGGUUUUGUCCUAAUCUUGGUCACCUCUUACUUAGAAAUCAUAAGAGACAAGAGGCCACUCCUUAGCAUUUGGAAUAAUUUACCUGAAUCAGUUGUCAUAGUGAAUUCUGUUAAUGCUUUUAAACGGCAUCUUGACACUUCUCUUGGUCAAAUUUUGUAUGAUUUUGAUUGACUUUGGGUUGUUCAGUAUCACUUUGAAUUGUAGGAUUGUACGUGUCCAGUGCUGUGGUCUCCACUCGGGAUUGCCAAUCUGACUGCAUUGUCUUGCCACUUGCUCAAGAGUGGUAUGGCAGUGGUUUGUGUGGUCUUGGUGAUGCCACAUUGGCCAACCAUCAGAUCAUCUAAAGGACUCUCUACUUGCUGUCUUGGUUGGAGGCGUCACUUGAUUCUAGAUGGGGUUCUCCCCAUCUAGGAAAGAAAUCUAGGUAAGGUUUGAGGUCUUGGCUGGGCAGGGCGGGGAGGGAGAAUGUAGCAGCCCAGGAGAAGUAGCAGCCCAGGGUAGUGAGGAGGCAGCAGCCCAGGGGAGGGAGAAGGUAUAUAGCAGCCCAGGAGGGUGAGGAAGUAGCAGCCCAGGGUAGUGAGGAGGCAGCAGCCCAGGGGAGGGAGAAGGUAUAUAGCAGCCCAGGAGGGUGAGGAAGUAGCAGCCCAGGGGAGUGGGGAGGCAGCAGCCCAGGGGAGUGGGGAGGCAGCAGCCCAGGGGAGUGGGGAGGCAGCAGCCCAGGGGAGUGGGGAGGCAGCAGCCCAGGGUAGUGGGGAGGCAGCAGCCCAGGGGAGUGGGGAGGCAGCAGCCCAGGGGAGGGUAUUAUUCUAGUGUUUGCCCAUACUCACCCCUCGCAACCAAAAUUGGCAAGGGGGCCAUUGAGACUCCUCCAUAUUGUACUUAAGGGCAUAUUAUACAUACGGACGAUGUGUUUACAUAGCGACGCCAUUGCAAUAUGAGCAGCGUUGCCAACGAUCCGGUUGACAAUGAUACGCUAGGUGAG